AUGAAUAAACGUCACAGCAACGUAACUUGCAAAUUGCGUGCUGUGCGUCGCGUCGACGGUGACAGUUCUCCAACUAGUUGGUCGCCUUCAGCUCCUGAUUCCGAGCGCAUAAGCCAGGCCUCGGCGAGCAUCCACAAUGCGCACGCGCUGGCUCGACUCGGGGCUUCCAACUCGAGCAGCAAAAGCGGAUGUGCGAUCAAGUCCCUUUAUGGUGCUUCCCGUGGACAGGGGGAUUGGUCGCGGUGGAUCGUGGUCGAGGGGGGAUGCAGGGCGAGGGGCGCGCUGCGAAGUCGCCUCCGCCCCGAAGUUGCUCUCCUCAGCAGCGCGCACGGGGGCCUGCGCAAAGUGUACCCGUACUACUUCACCUUCACGACGUUCACCAAGGGCCGCUGGGUGGGCGAGCGCAUCCUGGACGUGUUCGCAAGAGAGUUCCGCGCGCACCCCGCCGAGGAGUAUGAGCGCUGCAUCCGCGCGGGGACGCUCACCGUCAACUACGAGAAGGUGGACGUGGACUACCGCCUCAAGCACAACGACCUGCUGGCGAACGUCGUGCACAGCAAGUGUUCUGUCGACGAACUGUCCAUUCCAGGUUGUGAAAGUUGCCUUGCCUGCAUGGCGCUCGGAGGGGGUCGUUUGUGGUGGUGUCGUGUUCUGACUGUAAUUAGACCCUUGUGCCCCGCGCAGGCUUUCGGCUGA